GCUGAUGUCCACAGUCAUGGCGUGCAGCAUGAGAGCAGCCCUGCAGCAUCUGCUCAUCCUGACCCUGUGCCUGCAGAUCGGGGGAGGACAGAAGAAGAAGGAGAACCUCUUAAGUGAAAAAGUAGAACAGAUGAUGGAAUGGAGCUCCCGGAGAUCUGUCAUCCGUAUGAAUGGUGACAAGUUUAGAAGAUUUGUGAAGGCACCACCACGUAAUUAUUCUGUUAUUGUGAUGUUCACUGCCCUUCAACCUCAGAGACAAUGUUCUGUGUGUAGACAAGCUAAUGAAGAGUAUCAAGUACUUGCAAAUUCUUGGCGAUAUUCUUCAGCAUUUUCCAACAAACUUUUCUUCACCAUUGUGGAUUACGAUGAAGGAGCGGAUGUUUUCCAACAGCUUAACAUGAAUUCAGCCCCUACGUUCAUGCAUUUUCCAGCCAAAGGCAAGCCUAAGAGAGCAGAUACCUUCGAUCUUCAGCGUAUUGGGUUUGCUGCAGAACAACUAGCAAAAUGGAUUGCUGACAGAACCGAUGUUCAUAUCCGCGUGUUCCGGCCACCUAAUUACUCGGGAACAAUAGCUCUGGCUUUGCUGGUGUCUCUGGUUGGUGGUCUGCUGUACCUGAGAAGAAAUAAUUUGGAAUUCAUCUACAACAAGACAGGCUGGGCAAUGGCAGCUCUUUGUGUUGUGUUUGCAAUGACAUCUGGACAAAUGUGGAAUCAUAUACGUGGACCCCCAUAUGCGCAUAAAAAUCCACAGAAUGGCCAAGUGAGUUACAUUCACGGGAGCAGUCAGGCUCAGUUUGUGGCAGAAUCUCAUAUUAUCCUGUUGCUGAAUGCGGCAAUAACCAUGGGAAUGGUCCUCCUUAAUGAAGCUGCAACCUCAAAAGGAGAUGUCGGAAAAAGAAGAAUUAUUUGUCUAGUGGGACUGGGCCUUGUGGUCUUCUUCUUCAGUUUCCUCCUGUCGAUUUUCCGCUCAAAGUACCACGGUUAUCCAUACAGGUAUUUUUUUAAUUAAAUGAAAUAUACCAGCUUUCCCAAGAUGUCACCGUUUAUGCUGAAGACAAAGCAUUUCUGCUGGAACAAAUGGCAUAUAUAUUAAUUAUUCUUGCGCCGCUUGCUGUUUGUUUGCUUUAUGUUUUAGUCCGGUGGUGUAUUAAUUUGUGAGUGAAUUUUUAUUGUUAAUGAAAAUGUAAUUAGAGUUUUUCAUGGAACCAUAGAAUACACUGAUCUUUGUAAAUAUGCAUUUCCAGUAGCAAAACUCUCCAAACUAAAUGUAGAAGGUUUACAGCAUAGAGGAUCCUUCACAUGCAGUUUUGUUCCGGAAGUUGUUUUUUUUCUCCAAAAGAAAAAAAGCCAGACCUGAUCAGCGUUUUGUAGUGUCUUUUAGAUGUUUUUGUCUGUAUCAGGUCUUAUAGCACCUGAAUUUUUAUUUUAUUUUUUCAUUUUGGCAUGCCUGGAAUUUUUUUUUUUUUUAGAUUAAAGUUUGUGUCCCCCUCUGAUGUCACUUUCUCUGUAGUGUUGAACGGGGGAAAAAAAGAAUUGGUAAAAAAGCAAAAAAAACACUAACACACAUUGUGCAUUCAUUUUUUUAAAGCAGCAAACAAAACCAUAUAGGUGUAUGGGAGAAAAACGCCCGACCAGAGCAUGCUGUGAUUUGAAAGAAAUGCCAUUGGCCCUAAAGACGCAACUCAAGGGUGAAGAAACAACACAUAGCUUUUUGUCCUGCAUUUAUCAUAUUUAGACUAUAAGAUGCCUUUUUUUUGGCUGGAAAAAAUCUUGCUAAAAAGUGCCUGUGUCUUAUAGUCCACAGUCACGGGAGCCCAUCAGUGUCAGACUAACCACUUCCCCCCCGACCUCUUCUUUAAUGAUCCGGCAGAGCAGUUCAUGUAACGCUGUGUCCGAUCAUUGAAUUUGCUUCUUAUAGCACCCUCUUCCUUGACUGUAAGGACUGUCCAGCGCACCCUCUUAGAGCAGAGCAGCCAAGUUGCUUUCUCCGAUUAACCUCGUCUUCCUCAUAGCCAUUAGUCCUCUUGAUCUGACAGACAGGAACACUUUCACUUGAUUUCUGCCCCCCUCACAGAUAACGGGGAUAUAUUGUAACUGUGUGCAGUGUAUUCUGAUGGACACUGCUGACCACUGAGCCGUAGCUCGAGCUGUUACUGCUUUCCCUACAGGGGGUCCCUUACUGGUGUGAGAGGAGGGGGCAGCUUGUGAAGGACCCAAGAUCAAAGAACAU